GUAAGACUGAUCUCUAGAAGUCGUGAAGUUCCUUAGUGUUAGUUAAUUGUGAACACCAUUGCUAUACCAGUGAGUUACAUGCUUAGUACAAUGUCUGGACUCAAAAGAUGUAUAAGCCAGGUGUCAAUGUUUAUGACAGGGAAACCGAUAAAUUCGUCCGAGUCUGCGUGGAGAGAGGAAUUACAAAAAUACCGCCAAGCCCGAUACGCAGCGAGACGUGUCAGAAAACGCGUCAUCUUCAAGCAUGGAGACUGCAACGUCGUCCAAUGGAACGUAGCCAAGCGCAGGCGCCGAUACCUUCAGGACAUCUUUACGACCCUCGUGGACGCCCAGUGGCGCUGGACGUUGAUGGUGUUCUCUCUUUCCUUCAUUCUUUCCUGGCUACUGUUUGCGCUCAUCUGGUGGCUAAUCAUCUUCACACACGGAGACUUGAACCCCCCGCCCCCAAGCAACACAACCACCUUCGUCCCCUGCCUUAACAAUGUCAAUUCCUUCACCGGUUGCUUCCUCUUCUCCGUUGAAACUCAGCACACUAUCGGUUAUGGCUCCAGAACCACAAACGAAGAAUGCCCUGAAGCUAUAUUUGUAAUGUGCAUUCAGAGCAUUGUUGGAGUAUUUAUUCAAGCUUUCAUGGUGGGAAUCGUCUUCGCAAAGCUCUCUAGACCAAAGAAACGGGCCCAAACCCUGCUGUACUCCCGAAAUGCUGUCGUUUGCUUACGAGAUGGACAGCUAUGCCUGAUGUUCCGUGUUGGUGAUAUGAGAAAAUCGCAUAUUGUAGAAGCGCAUAUUAGGGCACAAAUUAUUCGCCGCAAGAUAACACGAGAAGGCGAGGUACUACCAUUCUACCAGGAGGAGUUGAAGGUGGGCGCGGAUGGUGAAGAGGACAGAUUGAUGUUCAUUUGGCCCAUGACCAUAGUGCAUAAGAUCAAUGAGAAGUCGCCGCUCUACAAUCUUUCUGCUUCUGAUAUGCUGAGAGAACGAUUUGAAAUAGUUGUUAUGUUGGAAGGUGUAAUUGAAUCGACUGGAAUGACCACGCAAGCGCGUAGUAGUUUUUUGCCAUCAGAAAUUCUAUGGGGACACCGCUUUGAAACCAUGGUGUCAUUUAGAAAAGACACUGGGGAGUAUGAGGUGGACUACACGCGGUUCAACAACACAUACGAAGUGGACACACCAUUGUGCUCCGCCAAACAGCUCGACGAACUGCGCGCUACCGUCUCUACCUCGCAGAAAUUAGAUCGCAUGCUAGGCACAAUACCAAAGUCAUUCUCUAACGACACACUGGAUCUCAGCUCCGUUGAUUCAAUAUCCCUGGACGAACACAUCGAGAUCAAGAUCCCAGAAGCCAGGGUUCGCGAGAACAGACUUAUGGCGCAGACCAACUUCGUUCAACACGUCAAUGAAAAACUCAAAAACGCAAGCCCCACAUAUUUGGCUGUUGAAAACGGGCAAGAGAUGCUACCGAAAAAUCUCUCCAUGACUGGAAUCAACGCGGAAAUGAAGACUUCUGAAACAAAAGACGGUCACAUGCAUAGGAGUCAAAGUAACGCCAGCUUCAAACGGCCGCACGGACUCACGCCCAACGGGAUCGGAUACAACGGACACGUACACAAGGACCAUCACAGAAUGAAAAAAUCGCCCAGCGACAACCACAUUGUGGAGAAAACGCCAAUCCCACCAAUACCAAUAUUAGUGACGUCACCGGAACCAGAGCCUGCAUGACAGAGCCGCGUCCGCUUCCAGCAGCCACUUACACAUACACAGCAUACAGAGCAUACCUACACAUAAAUAGUGACUACCCUCCUUUAGAAGAUUAAAAAACUACCAUUAUACGGAAACAACUGCUACACGACUACUAUAGCGAAGGCUACACGAGUCUACAUUAAUAUACUAUUGUCUAAUAUUGAUUAAGACAACAUCUCCUAAUUUUCAAUAAUUACCUUAUGAAAAUUAAAUGUUAUUAAUAUAAAGAGCUACAUACCUUUAAAUUAAAAACCGUCUACAGCCGUCAUAUACAACUACUUGUAUACAUACGAUGUAAAAGCUACUUUUUGCUAUUCUGAAUGUGUUUUAUAAACUAUUCAUGAAAGAAGAGAAAAAUUAGUACGGGAUCGUAGUUAAAAAUAAAAUAUUUGCAUAGUUCAAUUUAAAUUCUAAUCUAUAUUCGAAAUUAUGUUCAGACGUGGCGCAUUUUCAGAAGCUAUUUUUGUUUUUAGUUAAAUCGAAUUAUCCUUGGGUAGCAAUAUAAAUGCGUUGACCCAUAACUACGCUUAAUUGUUUUAUAUAGAUAUAUUUAUUUAGAUACGAGUAUUACGCAAAGUAAAUAUAUAAUUAUUUUUCUAGUUACUGUUUCUUUUUUAUCAAAAUAUAUUAAUUCUUUAAAAAUAUAUUAAUUUUCUUUCACCAAAUAUUCCACUAAAAUAUGUCUUCUUUUUGUUAACAUUUAACAGAACAUAGUGUAGCAUUUAUCACGUAGACUUAUUUUAUCGUAACAAAAUUGUAUACAUUGAAUAAAUUUAUUUUACAGAUUUUAUCACGAUUGUAAUAUAAAUUUAAAUAUAUUUAUUUGCCGUUUAAAUCACUUUAAAGUAAAAAUUAAAUCUUAUUAGUAUUAUUUAAUGUGUAUUAGUAAAAAUAAAAAUAUACAGAACAGCAAAAAAGUGCCAAAUAAAACAAUAUAAUAAUGAAUUGUUUUUUUUGUAAAUCUAAGUCAAUUCUUUUUACUAUCUUCACUUACCAUCAGAUCAUCUUUGUCAUCAGGUAGAUUAGUAGUCAAGCACUUGCUGAUAAUAGUUAACAAAAUGAUAUUUACAUUUUUUUCAUGUUAACUGUCUUAAAUCUCUGUAAGGUAAUAAAACAAAAGUAAUAUCUCGUAUAGUAAUACCUUUCAAAGUUAUAUUCAUUAUUUAAAUAAAUGUACCUAUAUGAGCUUAAAUUCGUAUUAUUGUGAUAUUAAUUAUGUAUAACUUGCUAUGACAUAUUCUAAAACGUAUACGAUAUAAUUUCAUUGUUUAAUCCAUGGUUGAAAUAAGGAGUGAAAUUAACUUUUUUACGGUAUUGUAAAUUCUAAACUAUCAAGAAUAAUAAUUAACUUUUGCUUUUGAUCUCUAGCAAAGUUUCAACCAUAUUUUUAUACUCAAAAAUCAUGUAUAUUUGCACAAGCGCUUACAGAAUUUUAAUAUAAAAUUGAUAGUUUCACGAUGAUGUCGCCAAUGAAUAUAGCUAAGAUCAAAUUGAAAGAAAAACGUUCUAAAUUAAUCCUGUAAUAUUGAGGUUAUCAUAUAUCACGUAAUG